CCGGUCCGGGCAGCAUGAGGCGCGUGGCGCUCUGGCUCUGGUUCUGCGCGCUGGCGCUGCGCCUGCAGCCGGCUCUCCCGCAAAUUGUGGCCACAAAUGUGCCCCCCGAAGAUCAGGAUGGCUCCGGGGAUGACUCUGACAACUUCUCCGGCUCUGGUGCAGGUGCUCUGCAAGAUAUCACCUUGUCACAGCAGACCCCGUCCGCCUGGAAGGACGUGGCGCUUCUGACGGCCGUGCCCACAGCUCCAGAGCCCACCAGUGCAGGCAGCACCACCACCUCCACCUCCGACCUGCCCACGGGAGAGGCGCCCGGGGAGGGAGAGGCGGUGCUCGUGGCCGAGGUGGAGCCUGGCUUCACCGACCAGGAGAAGGAGGCCACCCACCCACCCAGUGAGACCACGCCGCACCCAACCACUCAUCGGCCAUCGACAGCGAGAGCCACCACGGCCCAGGGCCCGGCCACCUCCCAUCCCCACAGGGACAUGCAGCCUGAGCACCAUGAGCCCUCGGCUCCGGCGGGACCCAGCCAACUUGACCCUCACACUCCCAGUGUGGAGGACAGAGGUCCUUCUGCCACCGAGAGGGCCACGGAAGAUGGAGUCUCCACUCAGCUCCCAGUAGGGGAGGGCUCUGGGGAGCAGGACUUCACCUUCGACCUGUCUGGGGAGAACAUGGCCGGGACGGCAGUGGAGCCUGACCAGCGCAAUCAGCCCCCAGUGGACCACGAGGCCUCACAGGGCCUCCUGGACAGGAAGGAAGUGCUGGGAGGAGUCAUCGCUGGAGGCCUCGUGGGGCUCAUCUUUGCCGUGUGCCUGGUGGGUUUCAUGCUGUACCGGAUGAAGAAGAAGGACGAGGGCAGCUACUCCUUGGAGGAGCCAAAACAAGCCAACGGUGGAGCCUACCAGAAGCCCAGCAAGCAGGAGGAGUUCUAUGCUUGA